AUGGAUCACACGCAAGCCUUGCCGGACGACGCCAUAGCCGCCAUACUACGCCGUCUCGAGCUGCGCGACCUCGCUGCCUCCCGCUGCGUGCGCAAGGCGUGGCACGACGUGGUCGACGCCCACCGGCUGCUGCUCCCCCACGUACUCCCCAACACGGUACACGGCCUCUUCGUCAACUACAUCGAUCACGGCCGCCCGCACUUCCUCGCCCGUCCCUCGGCACGGCCCAUGUUCGACGGCAACCUCAGUUUCUUGCCUGAUCACCGCCGUGGAAUAAUUAACACGAUGGUGGAUCACUGCAAUGGCAUCUUGCUAUAUCGUUGCUGGACGUCUUUCUACGUCGUCAAUCCUGCCACCAGACGGUGGGACGCUCUCUCCUGCGAAUACGGCUACUCCGAUGAAUACAUUGUGUUUGAUCCUGUCACCUCUCCGCACUAUGAGGUGUUUUCGAUCCCACGUGUGCCUGAGAAGGUGGUCCGUCGCAAGUCUGAAAGGCUCACGAAAGUAAGUGCCUGUUUGACAAGUUUAGUGUCACGGGAAACCGAGAGAUCAAGAGGUCCGCGGGAAGACUUGCACGAUUUCAUGGAGUGGCCACCAUCCGCAUGGACGCUAAGUGUAUUCUCAUCCAGCACAAGACAAUGGCAAGAGAGGUCGUUCGUCCGUGAAGGCCAGGCUGCAGGGACACUGACUAGUGUACGGCUAGAUCCCGAGGAACCCAUAUGUAAGUGGUGGGGGGGACCGAGGUGGCGGUACGGUGCGUACUGGCAAGGAUCACUCUACGUGCAUUGUCGUGGUGCGUUUUCUGUCAGGUUCUAUUUGUUAGAUUGUAAGUACCAAGUAAUAAAUGCGCCAGUAGAUACCAAGGAUGCGAUGUACCUUGGGAAAUCGGAGCAAGGAAUAUACCUUGCAACGGAACACAUUGAAUAUAAACUUCAGGUCUGGACCCUCAAUGAAUCAAGUGGGCAAAUGGAAUGGGUGUUAAAGUACCAUAUUGAUCUUGAGCCAUGGAAUAUGAUAUGGUUGCGUCAUCUUAAGGAAGAUAGUUAUGAUACUUGCUCUAGUAGCAUGUCUUUCCUUGGGUUUCACCCCUACAAAGAGGUUGUUUUCUUGGCAUUGUCAACAUUUGGGGGAGUGGCCUAUCAUUUGAAAAGCUCAAAAAUUCAGUAUCUAGGCGACCUGCGCCCAAAGGAUUACUAUCAAGCACAUUCAAAUGGCUUGUACGAGGCCUUUCCGUACACUCCUUGCUUGCUUGGGGAGCUUCUGGAACACACUACAGAAACUCGUCGCAGAAAUUAG